CGUUCGUUCAUUAAUAAAACGAAAAAAAAUAAUCCUCGCUUUAAUCUGCCGCAAAUCACAGAAGCCCCGAAGACCCCCGCACAUCUCCGCCGGCGAAACCCUAGCGGCGGCCGGCGAUGGGGGAGUACGCGGCGGUCAAGACGUCGGUGUGGUGGGACAUCGAGAACUGCGCCGUCCCGCGCAGCUGCGACCCCCAGCUCAUCGUCCAGAACAUGAGCUCCGCCCUCGCCACCGCCGGCUACCGCGGCCCCAUCUCCGUCUCCGCCUACGGGGACACCCACCAAAUCGCCCACAACGUCCAGCACGCCCUCUCCAGCACCGGCGUCUCCCUCCACCACGUCCCCGCCGGCAUUAAAGAUGCAAGUGAUAAGAAGAUCUUGGUUGACAUGCUGUUCUGGGCUAUUGACAAUCCUCCACCAGCAAAUUAUCUGCUUAUCUCUGGUGACCGGGACUUCUCUCAUGCCAUUCAUAAGCUUAAAAUGAGGCGAUACAAUAUUUUAUUGGCACAACCUCCAAACGUGUCUCAAACACUUACUGCUGCAGCAAAGAGUGUUUGGCUCUGGAAAAGCCUUGUGGCUGGAGAACCACCAUUAGAACAGUCACCAUACAUAAGCAGCACAUCUUGUGGCAAUAAGGAUGAUUUGGCUACAUCAAGGAACAUUAGUUCUUUGGAUGUGACUCAAGAUGCCAACCCUGAAGUGCAGAAUAUUUUGUGUGAUCGUCAAAGCGGUUCUAACGGCAUGGCAGAUAAGAAACGUGAAGUUAAGCGACCUCGAGAAAUGGAGACAGACAAUGUGUCCAAACCAGCAAGCAAAAAGCAGCUGAAGAAGAUGAUUUGGCUGGCAAAUACCAGCACUAAGCAAACUGCUUUCAAGAAACCAAUGCAAGGGCAACUAAAAGCAGUCAAGGGGCAGGGCUUGAUCUGCUAUAAGUGUGGUGAUGGGCACCGUGCUGCAGAGUGCACCUUUAGUGGUGACUGCCACGGUUGUGGCCGACAGGGCCACAAGGAUCGAGUGUGCAAAGCAAAUCCUGACAGCAUUGUCAAGUGGCAGCUGGCACAUUCACAAGACUUAGUCAUGCCCUCACCAGGGUCUGUCUCCUGGCAGGCGAUCCCUCAUGUGCCUUCUCCACCUCCAGCUUCCCCCGUUGUGGCUGCGUCGCCACAGACAGCUGCUGAAACUCCUUCUGGCCCAACUUCGACACCACCACCGGAGUGCUUCUUGCAGGAGAGUUCUGACGUGUCAACCCCACCUCCGGCUUCUGCGGCUCUUGUACCGCCACAUACUGGUGUUGGCGAUUUUUCUGCCCCAGGUCACUCUGGAGUCUAUGCCAUGCUGACAGCUGUGUCAUUGGGUAAACCAGACGUGGUGACGCAACCGACAUCUUCAGCCCCUCAUCCUCCUACGGCGGUUCUAGCUCACCGGCCAAUGACAGGACCAGGACAGUAUCAUCAAGUGGGUGCUUCUCGCCUGUUUCCAGCUUGGACACCACCACCAUGGUGCUUCUUGCAGGCGACUCCUGCUGUGCUAAGUCCACCUCCAGCUCCUGUGCCGCCACAUACGGGUGAUGGAAAAUUUUCUGCCCCAGCUCACUCUGGAGUCUACACCAUGUCAACAGCUGUGUCAUUGGGUAAAGCAGACGUGAUGACGCAACAGGCAUCUUCAGCCCCUCAUCCUUCUACGGCAGUUCUAGCAGCUCACCAAUCAGUCACAGGACAGUAUCAUCAAGUGGGUGCUUCUCAGCUGCAACCGGCAUCUUCAGCCCCUCGUCCUCGUACGGCAAUUCUAGCUCACCAACCAGUCGCAGGACAGUAUCAUCAAGUGGGUGCUUCUCAGCUGCAUCUGGCAUCUUCAGCCCCUCAUCCUCCUACAGCGGUUCUAGCUCACCAACCAGUCGCAGGACAGUAUCAUCAAGUGGGUGCUUCUCAGCUGCAUCCAGCUUUGACAUUUCCUCCGGGGUACUUCUGGCAGGCAAUGCAACUUCUCCUGCAGCAGCGCCGCUCGUGACUUCUGUGCCGCCCUGGCGUUGCAGCUUGUCCUGCACCAGCUCACUCCAGAGUCUACCCCAUGCCCUUCCCCUUUGGCAGGCCAUGCUGACAAAGUGACAAGUAUACUCCUAUUGGAUUCUUUGUAUGCCCUUCCCUUCAAUCGCCCGAGAGGAGGAAGAGAGGAAGGAGGGCUAUGAUGAAGAAGAGGUGGAGGAGGUUUUCACUAGCUUUCUAGUAGGAUUCUGCCGUUUCGGGUGAAUUGCUGCAUGCAACCAGCUGCACGCAAUAACGACGGGUUAAUCUUGUUUUGGCUGCAUGCAAAAGCGAGGCUGGCUGCUGCGAUGCUCUGAAAUAACUGCGAUCUGAUUGGCUGCUGCUAUGCUCGAAAAUCAUGGGCACCUAGUCCCAACACCUAACCUGCUCUGAUGGCAGAAGCAAGGCAAUGGUACGGAACUGGCAGUUUUGUUGAAGCGGCGUGGAAGCACUGGCUGCGGCAAUGGGGAUAAAUUUAAGAGAAGGGGGUCACGGCAUGGGAGAAGGGGAGAGAUAAGGAGACAGGUGCAUGAAUCUUGAAGCAAAUUACAAGUGCUUAGAAGAUACUCUACUACUCCCUCCGUCCGAAAAUACUUGUCAUCAAAAUGGACAUAAAAAGAUGUAUCUAGAACUAAAAUACAUCUAGAUACAUCCCCUUUUAUUCACUUUGAUGACAAGUAUAUCCGGACGGAGGGAGUACCUCUGUGCGCACUAAUAUAAGACGUUUUUGCAGUUCUGAGGGAAUAGAAAUUCCAAAUCAUGUGGCGUACGUAUCUGCGUAUGUCAUUGGAUUGUACUGAAAACAAGGAGUCACAUGCAAGCUAGAUCUAACAAAUGACAGUUAGGACAUGGGACAGAUGACCUAGGAAUUAUCAGGUUUCUUAUGACAAGGCUUUGACAAGAA